AUGACAUCGGCCGGUCAAUCUGAGGACGCUGCCAAAGAUGAUGUUCGUCAGAACAAACGCCAGCGCAAGAAUGAAGAAGACGGCGCCAAGCAAAGCAAGGAUGGAAAGCAACAGCGCCCAGAUCGGCGCCGAGAUCGCAACAAGGGUGGCAACUACCGCUUGGAUCGGGGAGUUCCGAACAGCAACGGCCAAGGUGUGCCGGCGGAAGCAGAUGAAGGUGCCGGGGAAGAAUCAGGUUCGCGUCUGCCAAAAAGGAAAGUCGCAGUUGCCUUUGGAUAUUGCGGAAUAGGCUAUUCUGGUCUUCAGAUCAACCCUGGUGUCAAGACGAUUGAAGGAGACAUUUUCGACUGUUUCUGCCAAGUUGGAGCUGUCAGCAGAGACAAUGCGGUCAACCCAACAAAGGUUGGGCUGCAAAGAGCUGCACGAACAGACCGUGGAGUUCACGCUGCUGGAAACCUGAUGUCGCUGAAACUGAUACUCGAACCCCCCUCAUUGCAAGACGAAGAGGCAGGAGAUAUGGCUGGAAUAUUGGAGAGCGCCACCACUCUUCAACAAGCUGCGGCAACGUCUGAGUCAGAGCAAGAGGGGGCUGCACUCAUCCGCAAAGUGAACAGCAUGCUACCCGAGUUCAUUCGAAUCUGGGGCAUCACCCGCAUUCAAAACUCGUUCGACGCGCGGGUCAGCUGCGAUUCGCGCAUGUACGAGUACCUUCUGCCGACGUACGUUUUUCUACCGCCGAAGCCAGGCUCUGCGAUGUACGAGAUGCUGGCAAAGAUGCGAGACGAAGAGAAGUCGAGGAAACAGGACGGUGCCGAAGCCGCGACCGGUGGUUCAGAUUUUGAUCCAUCCAGCCCAAACCAAACACCCAAUGGCGAGCUUGUUCCAUCUUGGGACGAGAUUCUCAAGCAUCCAUUUUGGGAACAUCAAGGUACUAGUCAUACCUUCACUGAGGACCUUCUUGAGAAGAAGAAGUGGAGAAUGCCAAAGGAAAAGUUGGAGCGUAUCAAGAAGAUAUUCGGGCAGUACCACGGGGCCCACAAUUUCCACAAUUUUACUGUCGGAAAAGAGUUCAGAGAGAGAAGCGCUCAUCGAUUCAUGAAGAAGCUCUCGAUCUCAGAUCCAAUGAUGAUUAAGGACACUGAGUGGGUGUCGAUCAAGCUGCACGGACAAUCUUUCAUGCUGCAUCAAAUUCGUAAGAUGAUUGGCCUUCUGGUCCUUGUCGGCCGCACGAAUGCCCCAAGCUCUUUGAUCCUCGAGACCUACGGACCAGCCCGAGUGCAUGUGCCCAAGGCUCCAGGUCUUGGUCUGCUUCUGGAGCACCCAGUCUUUGACACGUACAACAAGCGCAUCCAGGGCUCGAACAAAGGCAUCCAAAACAAAAUGGAAAAGCUUAAAGGGGACGUCGAGGAGAUCGAGAGACUUCAGCUGGGUCAGCAACUAAGAGAGCCGGUCGAGUACACUGCUUAUGAGGCGGAUAUGGUUACUUUCAAGCAGAAAUUCAUCUACGACCGCAUCUUUUCGACUGAAGAAGAGACAGCAGAGUUUGGAAAAUGGCUUAACUACCUUGAUGUCUUCAGCGGAUCAGACUUUGAGUAUCUCAACCCGAAGGGCGUGAUUCCGCAGAGCUGCCUGUUGAAGCUUGGCGAACACAGGAGAGAACAUAAGCCAAAGGGCGCUCAAGGACAGGCUGAUAGUGCGCACGACCCAGACAGCGAUGAUGAGGACACUGAAGCCCUACUCAAAGGUAAUCAGGCCGAGCUUGAUGGAUAG